GUUGGACGUUCACGAUUGAAAACGCUGACGUUUAAAUGUCUUUAUCACUCGGUGUUUUAAUGGCUAGUGCUACGGUGGCCGCGAAUGUCAAAACACAACAACAUUUCGCAAAAAGACACAAUGACGUUCUCCAUUUUUUUUAUUUUUUAAACCGGGUUCCAAAGUCAUGGGCACCGCGAAGUAGAAACAGGAAAAUAACGUUACACUGUCGGCUUCUGGCCAAUCACAAACAGGAAGUGUCGCCCCCUAACCCCUUUUCCGUAAUCUGUCGCGUUCUCUGUAAUGUUGUGUUAAGUGAAAUGUCCUUGUGUUUUGAACCUCGGUGCCACCGUAUAAUACGCUGAACGAACCACAACAGAAAUAAAACAGAAUUCUAGAAACUAAACGGACAAAGUAACGCUUCUAAACUAACUUUAAAGUGAAAAUACGCGUUACAGUCGUCGGGAUUCACGUCAACGUAGUUGUAAUGAAUGUUAAAAAAAGAAAUAUUCACCUGUAGUUAUGUGGUUAUUGAAUGUGUGUCUCUACGUUUCCUACUUUUAUAUAUUAUAUGUAACGUCUUAAAGUAAUGUAACUGACAUACUUUAACUUGCUGUACAAGAAAAAGACAACGAUACAAAUGUCUUCUUUGUUCUUCCAAAAAAAAAACGUAAAAAACAUCUGUGACAACAAGAGACCGAGCCCACAAGUCUGUGUCUGCCCCAGUUUGAUGGUUUUACCAGGUGUUCCGGAAAGUUCUCGAAAAUUCACAAACACGUAGAUUGAUGGUUUCCUACCACGGACGCUAAUGUGCGUGUCCUGCGCGUGAACUAACAAACCUGGUAACUCCGAACGGGAUUUAACAGUAAACAGUGACAAACUUUUUUUUAAAAAACGGUUUUUUUUCUUUUAUUUUGAAAUGCAACACCGGAAAUCACAAUCCGCUUUUCUCUGUUGGUUUGACGCGGCUCGUCUUCCUUUGGUGAAUCCAGAGUAUUUACAACCAAACAUCUACCGACACUGCCGUCCGCCACAGACAGACAGACAGACGGGAAGUCAGCCUGGUGCGCCACAGCUUUAUUUUCCCCCCGCUGUCAGACGGAUGUCGGUUCCUUUUUCGACCGAUUUCGUGCAUUUUCCUGUCCUGUUGGCCAGUGAUAGCACUGCAGUGGUGCGCAGCUUCGCCUGGAGAAACACCUGUGCACCUCAGUCAUAAAUGUUGAGUAGAGAGCAGAUCAGCCGGCGGUGCAGUGUCUGUUUACAUUUGUCUGACAGAAGCAGAGGGCGCAGUACCGAUGCCGCACAGCCAGUCGUCAUGCUCGGAGAACGCUCCCCUCACUGCGGAGCGCUGAGAUGUUCCAGCUGAAGAGCGAGCGUGUCACAUCACAUCAGCAGACCGUUUACAGAGCCUGUGGGUGGGUGGUCCCCAGCCCCCUCCGGUCCCGAUAAAGGACACCAGGAGUUAACUCGUCCCUCAGCGCUUUUUUUCCCCCCGUCUCCCAGCAGCCCCUCCGGGCGAUCCACGACGACCCAAGAUGGAGUGGUCACUGGAGAACGUGAGGGAGAUGCUGGCGGGGGGGAUGCAGUCCAUCAGGGAGUGCGAGGUCUGCGCUCUGGCCAUCGGCCUGUGCCUGCUGCUGCUCUUCAUGUGGUACUGUUACAGAGUGGGCCGGGAGCACAGCUCCAGCCCCCUGCGUGGGCGGUAUCUGAGUGGGCCCAGCCGGAUCGGAGGAGUGGUGGGGGGCUUCAUGAGUUCGGACUGUCGGAGCAGGGGGAAGGGGAAACACGGAUCCAUGUUGGAGGAACAGAACGGUUUCGCGUUUUGCCAGUCGUCGGAGUGUUUCCGCUGCACGAGCAGCGGCGAGAGUCUCAACCAGAGGCUCUACCACAGCCUGCAGGACUACGCCAAGCGGUACACCUGGUCGGGUAUGGGCAGGGUGCACAAAGGAGUCCGUGAUCAGGGUCGGUACCUGAACAGCCGACCGACCAUCCAGAGGCCCGAGGUCUUCUUCCUGCCCGACCUGCCCUCGGCCCCGUUCUUCUCCAGGGAGAUCCAGAGACACGACGUGGAGCUGCUGGAGCAGAGCUUCCCCGCCCUUCUGUCGGAGUUCGAGAGCAUCUACCACCAGCCGCCGGCCCGCAGCGGAUCCGCCCUGCCUCCUGGCUGGAAGGUCAACAGCACGCCCUAUGGCCAGUGGUGGACUUACUACCUGGUGAACCAAGGCACUCCCCUGGUCCUCAACGUCAGGCGAUGUCCUCGAGCAUGGCGGGUGCUGGGACAGCUGCGGACCUUCAUUGCCAACAACGUCUUCGGCAACGCCUGCUUCUCGGUCCUGACGCCUGGAGCUCUGAUCACUGAGCAUUACGGUCCCACGAACGUCCGGUUGCGCUGCCACCUGGGUCUUAAAGUACCUCCGUCCUGUGAGCUGGUGGUGGGUGGAGAACCACAGUGCUGGUCUGAGGGCAGCUGUCUCCUCUUUGACGACUCCUUCCUCCACCGGGCCUUCCACGAGGGCAGCGCCGACGACGGCCCCAGGGUGGUCUUCAUGGUGGACCUGUGGCACCCCAACGUGGCCGCCGCCGAGAGACAAGCCUUAGACUACAUUUUUACUCCGGGCCGUUUAGAGGACAGAGAAGAGAAAUAGAAGAAGAGACAGACGGCUGUCAGGGGAGGGAGGGGGGAGGGGGAUAUGGUUGGGGGGAGAUGAAGGGUAUGUGGGGAUGGGUGCGUUCUUCCCCUCGGGACUAUCUUUCACGUUCACUGUGUAAAUACUCUCUAACUCUUAACACUGUUCGGAGUUUGAUUCCUCCAGCAGUCGCACCUGUCUGUUUACAUCAACUCUGAUUGGUCCUCACACUUCCUGUCACUUUCCGUUUUUCAAAACGUUUCACUUUUUGUUUGUUUAUGUUUGGAGUCAGAUGCAUAGGACAACAACACGGUGGAGAACUCCCACAGUUGGUCGGAGGUUCUCAACCACUGGAUCGCGGACUGGUAAUGGGUCACCGUGACCUUUGACAUCAUUUAGAGCAGAUGUUUAUUGAACAUUUUGGAGCGUUUUUUUUUUUUUGUUUGUUUUUAUCAGCCAUUUCUGUUGAUGCUUCAGCCAAUCAGAGAUGGCUGUCAAUCAUAUGAUGUCAUAUCUCAGUGGACCCCCGCCCCCCGAUUCCCUCCCGCCCCACAAGGUUGUACAGAGAACUGCUCCACCUUCCUGAGGACCCUUGAAAUCACAAGUCAGUGAGUGAAGAUGAAUUGAUCACUCUACUAAUGCUAACAGCA